UAGUAUUAAGCAAUAAUUUGCUUAAUUAUAUCAUUUGACCAAUUCAAUUGUAACUCCUUGGGUCAAAUUUUAAAUAGUCGAGGAAGAGCGAGAUUAAUAAAAAAGAAUAUUCUUUUCGUAUCCUUAUUUUGGUUUGUGUUAAAAAAAAAAAUAAAUAAGAACUGGUGAUGAAUGUGAAUUGGGAACAAUAAUUAAUAUAAUUAAUUAGAAGAAAAUAGAGGAAAAAGGUUUGAUUUAAUUUUAUUAUUAUGGUUAUGGAACGCACAUAUCAAUAUGCAUGGAUUAUACCUUUCGUUCCGCUUCUAGUUACUAUGUUAAUAGGAUUGGAACUCCUGCUUAAUCCGACAGCAACAAAAAAUAUUCGUCGUAUAUGGGCUUUUCCCGCUGUUUUAUUGUUAAGUAUAGUUAUGGUCUUUUCCACUAAGCUGGCGAUCCAGCAAAUCAAUGGUAGCUCAAUUUAUGAAUAUCUAUGGUCUUGGAGCAUCACUAGUGAUUUUUCCUUAGAAUUCGGCUACUUGAUUGAUCCACUUACUUCUAUUAUGUCGAUAUUAAUCACUACUGUUGGAAUCCUGGUUCUUAUCUAUAGUGAUAAUUAUAUGUCUCAUGACCGAGGAUAUUUGAGAUUUUUUGCUUAUAUGAGUUUUUUCAAUACAGCGAUGCUGGGAUUAGUUACUAGUCCCAAUUUGAUACAAAUCCAUAUUUUUUGGGAACUAGUGGGAAUGUGUUCCUAUCUGUUAAUAGGUUUUUGGUUUACCCGACCAAUUGCAGCAAAUGCCUGUCAAAAAGCGUUUGUGACCAAUCGUGUGGGGGAUUUUGGUUUAUUAUUAGGAAUCCUAGGUUUUUAUUUAAUAACAGGUAGUUUCGAAUUUCAGGAUUUAUUCGAAAUAUUCAAUGAUUCGAUCAUUAAUAACAAUGAGAUGAAUUCCUCAUUUGCUACGCUUUGUGCCUUCUUAUUAUUCCUCGGUGCAGUUGCUAAAUCUGCGCAAUUCCCACUUCAUGUAUGGUUACCUGAUGCUAUGGAGGGACCCACUCCUAUUUCGGCUCUGAUACAUGCGGCUACUAUGGUAGCCGCAGGAAUUUUUCUUGUAGCUCGGCUUCUUCCUCUUUUCAUAGCCAUACCUUACAUAAUGAAUAUCAUAUCUUUGAUAGGUGUAAUAACGGUACUAUUAGGAGCUACCUUAGCUCUUGCUCAAAGAGAUAUUAAGAGAAGUUUAGCUUAUUCCACGAUGUCUCAAUUGGGAUACAUUAUGUUAGCUUUGGGUAUAGGUUCUUAUCGAGCCGCUUUAUUCCAUUUGAUCACUCAUGCUUAUUCUAAAGCAUUAUUGUUUUUAGGGUCUGGAUCAAUCAUUCAUUCCAUGGAACCCAUUAUUGGGUAUUCUCCGACUAAGAGUCAGAACAUGGUUCUUAUGGGCGGUUUAACUAAAUAUAUGCCAAUUACAAAAACAACUUUUUUUUUAGGUACACUUUCUCUUUGUGGUAUUCCACCCCUCGCUUGUUUUUGGUCCAAAGACGAAAUUCUUAAUGAUAGUUGGUUGUAUUCACCGAUUUUUGCGAUA